AUGGCCAAGACUCCCCGCCUGAAUCCGUAUCAUCGCCUUAUUUGCCGCUUGUACGAGGCUCUUUUUCUGCUCUACAUUCUAGGCGGAGUUCGAGGACCUCAUCUCAUAGCCCACCUCGAUCUUUCUACUACUCUAGCCAUUCAAAGGAGAUUCUUGAAGAACCUCGCCUUUCUAUGUGAUUACAAGAAAGGAGGCCCUACGACUGUAGCUGUUGCUGUUGAAAAUCGUCAUGACUGCCAUUUGUUCUGGAUUUCGUCUAACGAGGGACCUUCCGAAGCAGUUGUUUCGUUUUUGAAAUCUAUCAUCCAGUCCGUCAAGGCUUUUCAGGUGCUGUCCGAAGAUCAGAAGAAUCAAGCCGAGAAUGAAUUGAUGAGCACAUGUGUCGACUUCGCCAGGUUGAGAGUCAAGAAGCAGGCUCAUAACCUUGUCAACUUGGUGACCAAGUGCCAAAAGUAUAUCACGGAGAAUUUCAUCGAUGAGAGAGUUGGGUGGCUUCAGAAAUUCAAAGAUUCCCCCCGCCAAGACUUGGUCGCCAUUUGCCAGGAAACUUGGAAAGGUCGAAAAGAUCCUUCAAUGGCUUUGUUGCUCAGACUUAGUCGUGAGCCUGUGGAUGAAGAUGCAGCUGUCCCUCUCGAGAUUGCUGGCAUGUGUCGCAAAAUACGACACCUUAUCGGACGACUUGCCAAUCAUGUGCGCGCUGUCAGAGAGCUCCUCGAAGAUGGCAGCCGACUGAAUGCCCUUCUGGACGUCUUCGACGUGGCUCCGGUUCCAGUCCCAACUUGUGUAUCCCGGCCACAGGCUGACGAGCACACGAAUUUGAGAGGCGUACUCACACGGAUGCUGAGUAAAGAUGAUCCCCGGUUGCCAGAAAUCUCAGGCUAUCUGUCCAAUCUUGAUAGUCAGACAAGCUUGGAGCAAACGCUGCAGACCUAUUUCAGCCCAGACCACCCGCAGCCAUGUGUGCAUGCAGAGGUUCAGAUGCUGCAUCACUUCUACGACAACGAUCGGGUGUUCUAUGCUGGCGAUCCAUACAUUGUAGCCAGCAAGCCGGCUUGCUUCUGCUGCAAACUCUACUUCCGCCACCACCCGGCCAGCUACGAAGAGCCUGGUUCCCAUGAGAAAGUUCAUCGCAAAUGGGGCCCAAUCUUCCUUCUCGGAGGCUGCAGCAACUCAGGCUGGACUGUUCAUCGUGAAGUCUUGCAGAAGGUCAUGAGAGAUAUCAGCAAGGAGAUCUUCAAGCAGGUCGAGCGGAGAACGACACCUGUUGCAUACCACCCUGACACCCUGACGGAGCUGACAGCAGAUGCUGAUUCUGACCAUGAUAUUCCCGAGGAUGGUUCUGACAUUGACUCAGACGGAGGUGCCGAAAUUUGA